AUGAAUUUUCGAAUUGUCAACGUUCUACAUCUCCUGCUGAAGAUAUUCGAGGAGUAUGAGGACAUACCCGAGGAUUCAGAGACGUCUCGAAAAGAAGCAAUGUUUGGCAAUAGACUAGCUGGUCUCAAUCUGGAAGCCGAAAAUGGAUCAAUGGAUAUUGAAGAAGCGGAUGUGAUCGAGAUUGAAGAAGAUGUUGAUUGCACCCGAGCGUUCGAUAGUGAUGAUACUUCUCCAAACCAAACAUUCCGAUGGGUCAGCAAAGAAGAUGUUGAAAAAGCGUUAACCUACUACAGGGGGCACUUCAAAGGGACAUCGCUCUGCACAGGCAAUGUUCUCUCGCUUCCGCUGGCUAUCUUCAGAUUAUCUCCAGAAGCUACCAGAUGUUGA